GUGUUUGCCCUCUGAGGGGGUGGGUGCAAAGCAAACUAGAAACCAACAAGCUUUGUGGCUUUUCCCUUUCCAAGUUUGGAUUCACAGCGUGUUUUUUUUGUAUUUAUUUUGUGUUCUUCAUGAUCCAUCUACUUUUCUUUCCACUCUUUCUCCAUUCUCUGCACGCUACACGGGUUGGCAGGUUGUGCUCUGGGAGGUCGAGAGGGCGAGGGCAGCGUUCUCAGACUGUAGGACAGAGAGCUGAGACAGCACGGCCUUCAGCUGGAACACUGAGUGCAGCAGGAACGGCGAGGCCACGGAAAGUCACGGACAACCAUGACCUCAAUACGUGAGCGGAGACCAAAAAAAACCCCAGAUCUGUUGAGCCACGCCGACCUGCACCUACAUGAGUCUGUACAGUGGUGCGUUCUGCUCACAGUGAAGCAGACAGAGCCGAACAUAAAUUAUUGGUAAAGACCAGAACUUUCCAGAAUCUUUAAUAAUAAUACAUUUUAUUUAUAUCGCACCUUUCUGGACACCUUAUAGGUAAAAACAAAACAUAAUGCACAGCUUAAAAAAUACAGUCAUUACACUUAUAAAAUGUAGUAAUGUUCCAUUAAUUAGGGUGGAUAUGCCAGUUUGAAGUGGUGGUGUGGCAGUUUCACCCAUCUGAAACUCCACACAGGAACUCACACAUGCACAACAUACAUUCAGGGACCAAGCUAAUGCCAGUUGGGUGGGUGCACACACUCUACUGCAAAACAUCUAAGCAAGAUCCCUGAUGACACUACAAACACACAUGCACGCAGGUUUCAAUUCCUUUAUUAUUUUGGGUGUUUUGUUUGGAUGUAUUAUGUUAAAUUGUAUUUUUUUUUUCUGUUGCUGACUUAUGUUUGCUUACCUUUCAGUUGUAUUUCCUGGUCAAAGGACCCGAGCUCUGCUUUUGGCAGGCUUUUGUAGUGCCUGACCAAAAGUCAGUCAUUAAGCCCAAAGUGGAACAACCUGGUCCAGGGGAGGGGCCAUGUAUUAUAAAUUGCCAUGUUCACUGUGUUUGGGAGGUGUGGUGUGUCUAAUGUUGGCUUCAGUGAGGCUGUUGCCUGCUGUCAAAUAAACACAAAAGUAUUUUUCAUAGACACAAAGUGUAUGUCUGUUGCCUUUGCCUUGGACCUGCCAGUCACACUCUGGACCAGAGUGUGACUUUUGGUGUCAGAAGUGGGAUGACGACCCAGAUGACAAGGAGCAAGACUGCCAAAUUGGUGACGGAGCCAGAGCCAGUUGAACCUGAACCUGAUGUGGAGGUUAAAGGCUGGACGACUGACGAUGGUGAUGAGGGUCCUUCCUUCCAGCCACCACGUGCUGCGUCUUCAGAGCAGGAGAUGGUCACACUACUGCGGGAGUUCAUCUGUGCCCAGAGGAGCAGAGAAGAGAUCCUGAUUGGGGAGCUCCAAGGUCUGCGGACGGUGAUGGAGGCCGACAGGGCGUCACCUUCUCUGACCGGUGUAGCGGUUGCUGCCUCUCCUACAGGACACUCCUUGGGUGGGCCUUCACCACUGCAGCAGCCCGCACUACAGUCGCCACAAUCAGUUCCAGUCCUGCGGAAAGACCCCAAACUGCUACCGUUCCAGUCUGGUGAGGACAUUGAAAAUUUCCUUCUACGUUUUGAACGUGUAGCAAAGACUUGGGCUUGGCCAGAGACGGAGUGGGCCUACAGACUGGUUCCUCUAUUGACUGGGAAGGCAUUGGAGGCCUAUUCUGCCAUGGAUGAGGACCUUUCUGAUUCAUACUCGGAUCUGAAGCAAGCCCUUUUGACUAAAUUUGAUAUUUCUGCUGAGACCUAUGGCCAGCGUUUCAGGAAUACAACUGUACCUCAGGGAGAGACGCCCACUGAGACCUACCAGUGUCAAAAGGGUCUGUAUCGACGAUGGAUUAAGCCAGACCAGUGCAGCGUGGAGGACAUCGGUGAGGUCAUCGUACUCGAGCAGCUACUGAGGAUGUUUCCACCUGACGUCUGUACCUGGGUUAAGGAGCGGGAACCCACCACUGGCUUGCAGGCGGCAAAACUUGCAACUCAAUAUGUCAACGCCCGACAGCCCCAGGUGACCAGGACUUCACAAUGUUUGUUUCACAUGGGACAGGAGAACAGCCGGCUUGAAGGUCAGAGGGUCAAAAACCCUGGGACAUGGGGACCUGUGGGGGCUACAAGAGUGGAGCAGCAGGCCACUGUUUAUCAAGGUGCUGUUGGGACUAAUAGGUUUGGACAUCAGGUUAGUUCCAGUCGUGGGGAAAUCAUCUGCUACUACUGUCAGCAACCUGGUCACAAGGCCUCAGAUUGUCCCAUCAAGAAGCCAAAGCUUUCAGGUUACUGCUAUGGUCCCUGUAAUGAUGACUUGAAUAGACAAAGUACCACCACGGCUGCGCCAGGAGAGUGGGGAGGUAAUGUGGCAGUUUCACCCAUCUGAAACUCCACACAGGAACUCACACAUGCACAACAUACAUUCAGGGACCAAGCUAAUGCCAGUUGGGUGGGUGCACACACUCUACUGCAAAACAUCUAAGCAAGAUCCCUGAUAACACUACAAACACACAUGCACGCAGGUUUCAAUUCCUUUAUUAUUUUGGGUGUUUUGUUUGGAUGUAUUAUGUUUAAUUGUAUUUUUUUUUCUGUUGCUGACUUAUGUUUGCUUACCUUUCAG